GGUCCACAUCGCCGCUUGGUUCUACGAAAUGAUCCAACUCUCGGUUCUGAAGAAUUCAUCCCUAUCGGCAAGAGAAAAAAGCAGACAGAAAUUGAUCCACAAGACUCUUAUCGCUCCAUAGAAGGGGAAAAAGAACGGGAGGAUGAUUCAGACAUAUUCCGCACUGAAUCGUCCUCCGAUGAGUCAGAAGGACCUGGAUUGACUGCUGAGCAAGAGAGUAUCAAAGAGUUGGAGAAAAAACUGGGCCGAAAUCCGGACGACGAAUCUUCUUGGCUAAAACUUUUGGAUAUCUCCGUCAAAUCUAUCCCCGUCACCGCUAAGCGUGGCGCCCGCGCUCGAGCAGAUAUAGCCAUCUCGAUUCUCGAACGAGCAAUAUCGACACACCCCGCCAACAAAAUCUCGCUUCUAGGAGGAAUGGAAGGAUUGUCUUGCUCUUAUUGGUCCGAACCGUGGAAACGUUCUAUCAUUUGGUUAUCUUGGCUCGAAUGGAGACUAUCCAGCAGCAAGAGUAUCUCUGACGCAUCGACCCACGCCAAAACCACCGUUUCUGCACUCUCGGGAAGUGAAUAUGAGAUGGUCCGCUUUCUGGAACAAGCAUAUGCCAUCUUCCAAGCCCAACUAGAACUUUCUGAUUUUUGCCCCAAAAUCUUGACAAACCUUCCUCUAAAUGAUAGGAUUGAACGACUGGAAGAGUUUUGGGAAUCGGAAGUGCCACGUAUUGGAGAAAAAAAUGCGGCUGGAUGGGCAGUAUGGGAGCAACGGGGUCGACCAGAAGCUGAAGAGGAACCCUUGGAUUCCCUAAGAGAUCUAGUCGGAUUCUCAAUAAGUGACGACCCUUAUCAACGCUGGUACCGUAGGGAAUCGGCUUGUGAUCUGAUUGGGGCAUUAUCCACCAGAUCUUUCAAUGAGGAUCAAGAUGACCCUUUUACAACUAUACUCUUCAACGAUAUCCGGGAAUUUCUCUCGGACAUUCGAUCGGAUAAUGCAAGGAAUUAUCUUCGAUUGGCCUUUCUCUCCUUCAAUGGUCUCCAUAUUCCAGGUCUCAGCAUAUCGUAA